AUUAUUCAAUAAACAGCUACCAUAUAUUAUGUUAGCCGCUUGAAUAUCGUGUUUCAGCUGUAUUGAUCGUAACAUAACCUACAUUUAAAAAUAUUUUACAUUUUAAAGAGGUUGUUGAGGAUUUUAACUGGUUCGUUGACUCAGGGGUAUCUGCACAAAUACAGGCUAUUGUUACAGGGUAUAUGAAGGUCUAAAUAUGCAGAAUACGGACUCCGAUGGCAAAAGUUUGAGUUUUCAAGAGAUUAUAAAAACAUGGACGGAGAGACUGAUAAAGGCUCAAAUACCGAAAGCUGAGUGGUCAGUAAACAAAAUAGUUGCGCAUAUAUUAGGCAAGAAAGAUAAACAGGGUGUUGACAUGAAAAGUGUCCCAACAGAAACUACUUUAAGUAAAAUUGAAGAAAUGUGUGGUGAGAGAUUGAAAGGUACACCUGUACCUUUUAUUUUAGGUCAAUGUGAUUUUCUGGACAUGACAUUACUGAUGAAACAACCAGUACUAAUUCCCAGGCCAGAAACAGAAGAAUUUGCAAAGAUUAUAAUCAAAGAAUGGCCUUUCGAUCAGGAACGUGAAGUGAAAGUUUUAGAAGUUGGUUGUGGAGCAGGAGUUCUAGCUGUGUAUAUACUACACAAACUUCCUAAUGUGAAAUGUGUUGCUAUGGACAUAAGCAAACCUUCUUGCGAAUUAACAAUGGACAAUGCUAAACGAUACAAUCUCCAAGAUAGAAUUGAAGUUAUACACGGAGACAUAUUGACAGAUUCGGUAGUAUCCGAAUUAUCCCAAAGGGGACCUUAUGAUGUCGUUUUGAGCAAUCCUCCAUAUUUAACAACAGAAGAAAUAAGUGAACUUGAUAAUGAAAUCGUACAAUUUGAGGACCACGAUGCUCUCUUUGGCGGAAAUGAUGGUCUCGACGUCGUCAGAAAGGUUAUUGUAGAGUCUGGCAAGUUUUUCAAGGAUGAAAAUAGCGUUAUUCUGUUAAAAGUUGGAUCCUGGCUUACUGAGAGGAUAAAGACAUUUCUUGAAGAAAGGUCUGACCUCAGAUUAUCAUAUACAGACAAGGGCUCUGCAGGAAGAGUGCAGUUUUGUCAAAUGAAGUUAAUUAAAUAACAGUUUAACAAUAUCCCAAUGCGACUCCACUCAAACUUUUUGACAUGACAGGACUGGAAAUAUUUUUUUCCAGACUUUUUAUACCUAUUGGUGAAGGUCUAUAACAAUAAAUUGUGUGAAAAUUUCUGAA